AUGGUGUUCGAAUCAUUGUAUAGAAGCCUUGAUUUGCCCAAGAACGCAUCUGUGCCUGAUUUUGUGCUUCGAAAGAUCCCUGGGGACCAAACAGAGGACAAGGAGCUCAUUUUCCCUUCGCCUUUUUGGACCCGCGCACAGGCAAAGUCGCUUACAUUGGCCGACAUCCGCGAUGGCGCAUAUGGCAUGGCGACGGAAUUGCUCGCGCCUGAUGUGGAAGGUGGUCCAUGGGAAAAGAAUGACGUGGGGUUGUUUGUAACGGAAAACCAGUACGACUACCUUCUUGUGUCGUUGGGUCUCAUGCAAAUUGGCGCCAUUCCUGCACUGCUGAAUCCACAGUACAAAGGCGUUGAGCUAGAGGAUAUCAUGCACAAGGUGCAUCCGCGCGCGAUGUUUGUCUCCGUUGCGACUUUUCCAGCUGUCGAGGACGCGGUUAAGAGCUAUGCCGCGAAAGGGGAUAAGAAGCCUGUCAUUUACGUGUUCGACCAGGUGCACGAGCGCAAUAUUUACCGUCUUCUAAUUGAUCCUGGCAAGAAGCGCCGUGCAAAUGGAGAUAACUCUUUGGAGAAGGUUAAGAUUGAUCCCAUCACGCAAACUGCCGUAUACUGCUUUAGUUCCGGCACGUCUGGCCCGCCAAAAGUGGUGUGUCUCUCGCAUUUUAACCUUAUUGCAAACGUGGUACAAAUCACUGUAGCACUUGGUGGGCGCGUGAACAAGCCACGAUUUGACGAUGCUAACUGGUUUGACCAGCCGAUAGGGCCGCCACAGGAUGGAAUUAACGAGUUCCACUUGAGUAUUUUACCUCAGUUCCAUUGUUAUGGUCUGCUUACAGCUAUUGCGACUCUCUUUACCGGCACACCGUGCGUCGUAUUUUCUAAAUUUGACGUGAAGAACUUUUUUAUCGCGGUGGAAAAGUACAAGGUGACGUUUAUGUUUGUCGUUCCACCGAUCCUGCUGGCGCUUGCAUCUUCGCCUUUGGCCGCAGAAUACGACCUUGGCUCCAUUAAAUCGUUUGCUUCUGGUGCUGCUACACUGUCAAAAGAGCUAUGCGACUUAGUGAGGGAGAGGCGCGGCAUCCCUGUCACCGAUGGGUACGGCAUGACCGAGAUGUCACCUAUUAUUUCCUUGCAAACUACGCGGGAUAUCGAGUCAGGCCGUUUGAAUGUGGGCCGUUUGGUUCCGAACACGGAUGCGCGCGUUAUCGAUUUGUCCACCGGUAAGGAUGUUGGGGAAGACGUGCCUGGCGAGCUAUGGCUGCGUGGUCCGCAGCUCAUGCUCGGCUACUUGGACAACAAUGAGGCAAACGAAAAAUCUUUUUCGCCCAGCCCCGCGGAUAUGAAUCACUUUUUUAACACAGGCGAUAUUGUUUCCAUUGAUAAGGAUGGCUUUGUUACCAUCCACGACCGUGUCAAGGAUAUCAUCAAGUUUAACGGGUACCAAGUAUCUGCGUCUGAAUUGGAAGGCCUUGCGCAAAAAAAUGAGUACGUCUUGCAGGCUGCUGUUGCUGGCGUCGUGGACCACUCCAAUGCAGUGCACAAUGAGCUGCCAUGGGCAUUUGUUGUGUCAAACGAAAAAGGUCAGGACGUCCCGGAAGAGAAGCGCACAAAAUCGCUUCUUACGCUUGUCAAUAGCCGUGUCCCUGGCUAUAAAAAGUUGCGCGGGGUGACGUGGCUUAAUGCACUGCCGACAUCGUCUGCAGGCAAGAUUCUGAAGCGCGAGCUGCGUUCUAUGGUCAAAAUUUGA